AUGGCUGAAUCAUUCUCAGCCGAUAGUGCCAAUUCGGCAAUCAGCCGGUCGCGAAUCCCUAUUGUCGACCUGGAAGGCCUCAAGGAUCACGCCGAGUCCCAGGCAGCGUUGCAGGCAGGCAAAGACCUCGUCGAGGCCUUCAAAACCGCCGGGUUCACAUAUGUUAAGAAUCACGACAUCCCGCAGCAAACCGUAGAUGCGGCAUUUCAAUGGAGCGCCAAAUUCUUCUCAUUGCCGCAGUCCGAGAAGGAAAAGGCACCGCACCCCCCUGAAGGAUGGUGGCAUCGUGGCUAUUCGGGCAUCGGCCGAGAAAAGGUGACGCAGAUGUUGUUCGACGCCGACGAAAUCAGCGAACGUCGCAAGAUCCCCGACUUCAAAGAAUCGUACGAGAUCGGCCGCGAGGACGACGAUCAUCUCCCAAACAUCUGGAUCCCCGAAGAUUCGCUACCCGGUUUUCGUCAAUUCUUCAACGGAUUCUACGAGGUCUGUUAUCAGCUCGAGCUCCACCUGCUCCGCGGUAUGGCCCUCGGCAUGGGUUUGGACGAGGCCUUCUUUCAGAGUUACCACGUGAAGAAGGACAACCAAAUCCGCCUCCUCCAUUACCCACCCGCCGAGGAAAAGCUGCUUCGCGCGGGAAAGGUCGAGCGACUGGGCGCGCACACCGAUUUUGGCUCGAUGACGCUGCUCUUCCAGGACGAGGUCGGAGGGCUGGAGGUGGAAGACCCCAACGAGCGAGGACGCUUCGUGCCUGUCCCCUUUAUCCCUGGGACGAUCGUGGUGAACAUUGGCGACUUCAUGCAGCGGUGGAGCAACGACACGCUGCGCUCGACGAUGCAUCGCGUGCGCGCGCCGCCGUUGGAGACGAAUGCCAGCGGUGACCGCGUGACCAAGGCGCGGUACUCGAUCCCGUACUUCAUCGGUGCCGAUCAGGAGCAGACAGUUGACUGCAUCCCUGGAUGUUUCGGGCCAGACAGACCGAAGAAGUAUGACCCGAUCAACAGCCGGGAGUACAUCGAAAUGCGCCUGAAUGCGACGUAUUGA